CCUGGGCUGGGAGGCUGGAGGGAAUGAACGCGGGGAGCGCAUCUGACUGCCAGUGCAGCCCUCGCCCAUCCCUCGGCCGCGGGGGCUCGCCCGCCCGCCUCACCCCAGAUCCUUCUCCCGGACGUGACUCCGGUUCCCCUUAGCCCGAGCGGCCGCGGACAUGGAGGGUCCGGUGACAGUAGAAAUUUGGAGCAGCCCAGCUGCGUACUGCGCCGGGGGGACCGGCCCCGAGAGAACCUCGGAGUUGCUCAUCCGAGAGCUGGAGGAAGUGCUCUGCUCCGAGAGAGUCAGCCAAGUCACCAAGACCUAUCAUGAUAUCGAGGCCGUGACCAGCCUUCUGGAAGAGAAAGAACGGGACUUGGAACUGGCAGCCCGGAUUGGCCAGUCUUUGCUGAAACAGAAUUGCUCCUUGUCCAAGCAGAAUGAGUUACUGGAGGAACAGCUGGAGUUAGCCAGAGAGGAGAUAGCCCAGCUUCGGCAUGAAGUUGCUAUGCGUGACAAUCUCCUCCACCUCUAUACAGACACUGUUGAAGAAAGCGAGCCAUCCAGUGCUGCGCCCACACCACUUCGCCAUUGUGAUUCCUCGGUUUCUCUGCAGCACUGUAUCCAGUUGGACACCCUGCAGCAAAAGCUGAGGGGCCUGGAGGAAGAGAACCAGCAGCUCAGGCUGGAGGCUACCAGCAUCGUCACAGAGACCUGUCAGUAUGAGGACCAGGAGCAGCAGCUGAUGCUGGACUGUGUGGAGCAGUUCUCGGAGGUGAGCCAGCAGGUAGCUCUCUUGUCAGAGGAACUGGCCCGAAAGACGGAGGACCAGGCUCGCCAGCAGGAGGAGAUCAGCACGCUCCUGGCCCAGAUCGUGGGGCUCCAGCAGCGGUGCCGGGCGUAUGGGACAGAGAUGGAAGAGCUUCAGCAGCACCUGGCAUCGGCCAGAGAGGUCCAGAGGAAACUUCGGACAGAGGUGCAAGACCUACAAGAGAAAUAUGCUGAGUGUGAUGGGUUGCUGAAUGAAGCCCAGGAAGAACUUAAAAAACUCCGUCUCCAAAGCCUGCCUAGUGGCACGAUCAGCCACUAUAACAGUGUCUAUAGCCUGCCGCUGGAUUCCCUGGCUGCAGAGAUUAAAGGGACAAUGAGAAAGGGAACUGAGAGUCCUUCAUCCUUGGAUUACAGGAACAUGCGCCGGGUGUUUGAGACGGUGAAGGCGGUGAACCAGGGCACCAGGCCUCGGUCAGGCAGUGGUUCUCUCCAUCCCCUCCCUGGGUCUCCCCCACCCUCUGUGGCUGGCAGCCCCUCUGGCACCCCCCAUCCAAAAUACAACUGCUUGGAUCGUCCUUGUGGUGUUCUGCCGUUGGAGGAGGCCUCUGGAGAGGAAGAAGAGAAGAAGGUGGGUUUCCCAGGUACCCCUGGCAACCAGGAUCUGGAACUGGCCCUGCAGCGGCUGACAGCCUGGAAGGAGGCUCAGGAGGCAGAGCCAAACCUGGAGAAGCUGGGUCAGGAUGCUGAGAGUUCUAGUGGAGUCCUGACUCCCAGUGAGAGCCUUCUGUCAGGCAGCUCUGAUCCCCCUGCUGGCUCUAUCUUCUCCAUGGGCUCCCUCUCCUUUCUGCCCGAUAAACUACAGAUUGUCAAGCCACUGGAAGGUUCAGUGACUCUUCACCACUGGCAGCAGCUGGCCCAGCCCCAUCUGGCAGGGAUCCUGGAUCCUCGACCUGGUGUGCUGACCAAGGACUUCCGUCAGUUAGAGGUGGAUGUGGAGAAGGUGUACAGCUUACAGGACCCUGAAGAAGAUGAGGAGGAGGAGGAGGAGGAGAAGGUGAUAGCAGCAUCCAGGGCAUCUCUGGCCAAGGAUAAGACCCAUCCUCUAUUGUUGCAUUCUGUUAACAAUCUCCCCCAGACCCCAGCCACCUACACAAUCACUACCUGCCGCCUGGUCUGCCCCUCUUCCGAUGUGACCUCCGUCACCCCCAGCCUUUGCCAUUCCGCCACCCCCUGCUGCAGUCCCGCAGAGGGCAUAAGCCCCAUCCAUCCACGUCCUCCCCAGGUCCUGCUGUCUCUUCUGAAGGAACAGGGAAUCUCUGCUGUCUCCAAGCCUACAUUAUUUCCACCUCUGGUCCCAGGCUGGAGAGGCUGGCCUCUGGGAAGCUUUGGCCUAGCCAGGGAACUGCAUCGGGAUGGGUCAGGGGCAGGUGGAGGGAAGACCAAUGGCUUCAGCAUAAAUUUGGUACAGAAGCUACGGCAGCUGGGACUAGAUCGUGUGGUGGCCAGAGGAGCUUCGAAGGCAUGGCAAGUAGGGGCUCGAGAGCCCCCUGACCCUGGUCCAGCAGCUCCCAGACAGGGGACAGGUUGACUGGUACUGGGGCCAGAAAGGAAUCUCUGAUUGUAUUUUUAUUGGGGAGGCAAGGUGUGUCUCUUCCCUUACCACCUGCCAUCGUCUUCAUCCUGUUGCUGAGAGUCAGCUGAAAUUGAGUUUGGAUGCCUUUUCCUACCACCCUACCCCCAGAUACACACACACACACACACACACA